AUGCAGCAGCUGAAUGAGAGCAGAGUUCAAACUUUGGCUCCAGAGCUAUGCGAGCAGCAAAUACUUGAAGAUGACAACGCCCCUCUGGGAAACUGCAGUGGAGAUUCAACCAGAAACCUGUCACUGUACUGCUGGCUGCAACUUCUCACCAAAGAAUCCAUCCUGGAAUUGCAAGGAGACGGCUCCAGCAUCGGGGUCCGGGUGAUGAUCGCGUUCGUCUACUCCAUGGUAUGUGCUUUAGGGCUGGUGGGGAACUCGCUGGCUCUCUAUCUGCUCCAUUCACGUCAUAGGCAGAAGCAGUCAUCCAUUAACUGCUUUGUAAUGGGGUUGGCCAUCACAGACUUGCAGUUUGUCCUGACGCUCCCGUUCUGGGCGGUGGACACAGCUCUGGACUUCCGCUGGCCAUUCGGGUGGUUGAUGUGCAAGAUUAUCAGCUCGGUCACCACCAUGAACAUGUACGCCAGUGUCUUCUUCCUCACGGCAAUGAGUGUGGCACGCUACUACUCCAUCUCCACAGCUCUCAAGAUGCAGAGCCGGCGGGUAGCAGCAGCCAGGGCCAAGUGGACCAGCCUAGGCAUCUGGGCUGUGUCCCUAGUGGCUACGCUGCCCCACGCCAUCUAUUCCACAAGUGCCCAAGUGUCAGAUGAGGAACUGUGUCUGGUGCGCUUCCCGGAGUCAGGAAGCUGGGAUCCUCAGCUUCUCCUAGGACUGUACCAGCUGCAGAAGAUACUGCUGGGCUUUCUCAUCCCUCUGGUCAUCAUCACUGUCUGCUACCUGCUGCUGCUGCGCUUCGUUCUCAGCAAACGUAUUGCCGGGGUCGCCGGCUCAGGAACCGAGCAGGGCCACCAUAAGCGUCGCUCCAAAGUCACCAAGUCCGUGGCCAUCGUUGUUAUGUCAUUCUUUUUGUGCUGGCUUCCGAAUCAAGCACUGACGCUGUGGGGCGUCCUCAUCAAGUUUGACCUUGUGCCCUUCAGCAAGGCCUUCUAUAAUGCCCAGGCUUAUGCCUUCCCGCUGUCUGUCUGUUUGGCCCACACCAACAGCUGCCUCAACCCGGUGCUCUACUGUCUGAUCCGCCGUGAGUUCCGGGCGGGUCUCAAAGAGCUCCUCCUCCACACCACGCCAUCCUUCAGGAACCUGACACACUUGCUGCCCCGCAAGGCAAAGGUGGCUGAAGCCCCACCUGUUCUGGUGCUUGUCCAAAUGGAUGUCUGA